GGAGCGCGAUGCCGUCUGCGCUGCGGCGGCGGCGGAAACAAUAGUGCGGAUCGUGGCGCGCGAACAGCGUCCCGCGGAGCCGGACGGUAAAGGUCCUUCUCUGAGCCGCUCUAGUGCGUAGGACCGGUGCCGGGACGGACGGACGGACGGACGGACGGACAGACGAGGCGGAUCUCACGCCGCGCCGGCCGCCCACGAUCCUCGAGUGGAGUCCUCGGGACCCUCCGGUCCGUGGCUGCGGAGUCUCCGACGUGAGCCGAUCCUUCCCGGGUGUCCCCGUCCCCACGGGCACUAUGAACGAAGAGGAGCAGUUUGUAAACAUUGAUUUGAAUGAUGACAACAUUUGCAGUGUUUGUAAACUGGGGACAGACAAAGACACACUCUCCUUCUGCCACAUCUGCUUUGAGCUAAACCUCGAGGGAGUACCGAAGUCUAAUCUUUUACACACCAAAUCAUUGAGAGGCCACAAAGACUGCUUUGAAAAAUACCAUUUAAUUGCCAACCAGGAUUGUUCUCGGUCCAAGCUCUCCAAAAGUACUUACGAAGGAGUUAAAACCAUCCUGAGUAAGAAGAUAAACUGGAUUGUGCAGUAUGCCCAAAAUAAGAAUCUGGAUUUGGACUCCGAGUGUUCCAAAACUUCCCAGCAUCACCUGUUUAAUUUCAGGCAUAAGCCAGAGAAGAAAUUACUCCCACAGUUUGACUCUCAGGUGCCCAAGUACUCAGCCAAGGGGUUAGCGGGAAGCGCAGUCGGCAUCUCAAGCUAUACGCAGAGAAUCCUGGACCACAGGGAGGACACGGACUUCGGCCUUGGUAUCCUGGAAGACGCGGAUGCAUUGUGGACUCACAGUCACAACCAGGCCCAGAAAACAGAGGAGACGAGCUCUGUUCCGGAGCGGAGUGUGCAGACCCAGAGUCCUCGCUACAGCCGAGAAGAGCUGAAUUCGAUGACUCUUGCUGAAGUAGUUCAACUGAGUACAAAGCUCCGACAGCAAAUCCAGGAAGUUUUUGAAGAGUUGACACACCAGGUGCAAGAAAAGGACUCCCUGGCAUCCGAGCUCCACGUCCGUCACGUGGCUAUCGAGCAGCUCCUCAAGAACUGUUCCAAGUUGCCCUGCCUCCAAGUGGGACGGACCGGAACAAGGCCACACCUAUCCACGAACAACUGAGCUGAGCACAGCUCCCGCGCUCUUCAUCUCUGUCGCUCUGCUAAGUAUCUGGACCGAGAAAGCAUUUGAAGAACGUCAUGGUCCAUUUUCAUGGUUGUUGUACUUGCAAAACAUAAGAUAAUAUUCAUUAUCUUUAUCUAAUAAAGCAGAUCACUCUAGUCCAGGGUUAAUCAUUUGGCUACAUUCGGGGGGCUUUUUCUUAUAAUUACUAAAUGCCCGUCCCUAACUUUUACAGUGUUUGACUACUUAAAUCCACUGUUACAGUGUUUCUAUUGACCAAUUUUUUUAUUGUAACUCAGCUGUCAAGACAACAGAAGCCUAAUUAAUAAGGUCUUGCGUUAGCCUAAACUACUAGAGAUAAUUUUAAAGAGGGAAAUAGAAUUCAUAAUAUCACCUUAUUUAUGAGCAAUAUUUUAAUAUAAAAUUUUAUAUAUAAAAUUGCUAUUUUGGGUAUUUUUCAUCGUCUUUAUAAUUUUGUAUUUGAAUGGCCGUGUGUAUUUGCACUUCGUUGUGUGAAUAUGUUCACCUCUGUGAAGAUCGCUGCAUCUUGUCGAUACAGUGUUUUUAUAACUGUUGUCUUUCUUUCCAAAGAUAAAUGUGUUCUGGCUAGUAUUUGGAGAAGCAGUCUACAUAGCUGAGGUGUUUGCACUACUAACAGCAUAGGAAAGGGGAAUUUACCGCUCUUUAAAGCAAAUGUCCAAAUGAGUAAAGCACAUUAUUGUUUUCUAAGGAAAGCAAUGCUCAAUUAGCUUAGGAGGAAAAUACUAGCCUAUUUUUUAUGUGUCAGUCUCCUUAACGGUAAAAGCCCCACCUCUUAACUCUGGUGACUUCCUGUGAUGUGUUAGUUUUGGACAAAGUAGGUCAGCUCUCUGCUCCCAGUCCACUGUAAAUACGAUCUUCAAACUGUACCUGUCCCCCUUUUGGUGGAUGGGGGAUAAAAUUAUUAGGCAUGCCACUUCACAUGGAGUUCCAAUAAUCUGUUAACUGUCCAAAUUCUGCCAUCCACAUCACUGAAGUUAAUCCAAGAAAUAAAAGACUAAAGA